GUUCAUCUUGAGGAAACAGAAAACCCUACGUCGACUCGAAUUUGGCACUUGUGUAUUCCAAAAAGAAAGGUGGAGGCUUUUCUCUCCCUUUACCCAUUCUCACUUUCCCAGAAAAAUAUCUUCGAGCAUUUUCUCUGCACAACUUGCUCUUCAACGGUUUCUGCAGUUUUAGGGCUUAAACAAUGGCGGAUGAGAACACGAUAGCCAACGGCAUCGCACCGGAGAACAAUGAACAGACUGCAGAGAGCUUCUACGAUGCCGAUGAACGCGAGAACGGAAUCAAGAUGAAGCAAAAGAUCGAAGCCUUAGAGAAGGAGAAGCUCUCCAUGGCCAACGAGAACGAAAAGCUCAAAGGUCAGAUUCAGCAACUGACGGUGGAGGUUGAAUCAGUGAGAUCGGAGGAGUCACAGUUGAAGCUGAGGCUCGGAGUGAUGGAGAGAGAGGUAGAACAAUCGGAGGAAAGCAAGAGAGCGUUGGAAUCCAUUGCUAACAGAGCUGCACAGCUCGAGACAGAGGUCUCUAGGCUCCAACACGACUUGAUUUCAGCAAUUAGUGAAAUCGAGGAAGCUAAUUCUGAGAUUUCUAAACUGAAAAUGGUUUUGGGGGAAAAGGACGGAAAAAUUGAAGAGCUAAAGAAAGAGAAAUUGGAGAUAGAGAAGAAAUUGAAGGAAUUGGAGAAAAAAAUUGGGGUUUUAGAAGUGAGAGAAAUUGAAGAAAGGGGUAAGAGAUUGAAUAUUGACGAGGAGAUGAGAGAGAAGUUAACUGAAAAAGAAAAAGAGAUUUAUCAGUAUAAGGAUAGAUUAUUGGAGCUAGAGAAUGAGGUGGCAAAGAAGGAGCAAUUGGAGGCAAAAUUGCAGGCUUCCGAGGAGAAGGUGAGGGAAAUGGAAGGAAAGAUGGAGGAGCUGAAGAAGGAGGCGGUGGAAGCAGAAAAGGCCAUUUGUGGAUUGAAGGAGCGGACUGUGGGGGUUGUUAAUGGCAUUCAAAUUGAAAAUACAGAUAAAGGGUACAUAGGGCUGAAUAAGCAGUGGCCAAUGCUUGCAGUUGGUUCCACAGGAGCACUUGUUGCUGCAGCUGCUGUGGCGUAUGUUUGCUAUGCUAGGCGGUAGUGAUUCAGAGGUCAGGAUUUUAUUCAGUACCCAGAAAAAAAGGGAAUAUAUUUCAAUUUUGUGAGCUGGGAUUUCAUUUUGCUUGGUCUUGCUUUUGAGCUUAUUAAGGGUUGUGGUUAACACUAAUUCUGCCCUGUUUUUUAAAUUUAAAUUUUUCCUUAAUUGUUUUGCUUCUUAUAGAGAGAGGAAUUACAUGAUAUCGUUUUAGUGCACCUUUUAGGCACCAUCAACAUUUGCUUGUUAAUAGGUAUUGUUAUUUGUUUGUUUGUCCUUCAAGCUUGAAUUCAGUUAAAUUAUUAUGUACUACUGAACACAGUUUUUUAACGAUUCCUUUAGCAUCUCCAUUUAUAGAAAA